AGCAACAAAUAUAUUUAUAGAAAAACUAAAAGAGAGAACACCUGUGGCACAAGUCAGUCUUGGGAGAAGCGUGAUUAAGUAAACAACGUUUAAACCGGUGUGAAGCGCUUAGAAAUUUUUAUUUUUAACUUGUUAACGGAAAGAAGUGUAUAACAAAAAACUAAACUAACAAAAUUAACAAACAAAAAAUUAGAAAUAACUUCUUAAGCGCAGUUUUAGUUAAAACGCGAUAAAGAAAAAUAUUUAAUAAGAUUGAAAAAGAAAAAAAAAAUAAAGCAAUAUAUAGAAAGAAAUUUUGCACAAAUAAAGAGGAAGAAAGAAAUCAACAUACGCAACGAAUGAAUUUAGCAACGCACACAAACUAACUGAAGACUAACGCAUUGGAACCGGUUAAUAGAUAAUGAUAGUAAUAAUAAAUAACAUGCUUGGAAAAACGCAUGAAAAAUGUUACUGAUCUUGGCCAGAGAAAUCAAUGAAAAAGAAAGUGAAUGUUUCUACCGACAACGACUUGUCAGAAACAAGUAAUAACGAAGAAAACGCCAACAAACACAAAAAGAAAAUUUAUUAAAAUCCAGAUUUUUCUAAUGCAAACAUUUUGAAUGUAUUUUUUUUUAUUUUAUUUUUUUUAACAUAGAAAAUUACGUUAGAAAACGAUAUUAAUGAUCAGUUGACUACAAUUAAGUUGUCAGAUAAUAUAGAAGAAUUAAUUUGAGAUUAAGUUGAAGAUUAAAAGCCCUUUAGUAAAAGUGAAACUUUUUGCGAAAAUAACAAAACACACAAAUGUUUAACACUAUGCGAGAAGAUGAUAUAGAAUUUGCCAUUAAGGUGGUAAUAGUGGGCAAUGGUGGAGUGGGUAAAUCGUCUAUGAUACAACGUUACUGUAAAGGAAUCUUUACAAAAGAUUACAAAAAGACCAUAGGAGUAGAUUUCCUAGAAAGACAAAUCGAAAUCGAUGGUGAGGAUGUGCGCAUUAUGCUGUGGGAUACAGCGGGACAAGAAGAAUUCGAUGCCAUCACCAAAGCCUACUAUCGAGGUGCUCAAGCCUGCGUUCUCACCUUCUCCACCACAGAUCGAGCCUCUUUCGAAGCUGUGCGUGACUGGAAGCGUAAAGUAGAAAAUGAAUGUCAAGAAAUACCCACAGUGAUAGUUCAAAAUAAAAUCGAUCUCAUUGAUCAGGCCGUAGUGACGGCCGAUGAGGUGGAAUCAUUAGCUCAACAAUUGAAUUGUCGUCUUAUAAGAACCUCCGUUAAGGAGGAUGUUAAUGUGGCUUCAGUAUUUCGCUAUUUGGCCACUAAAUGUCAUCAACUAAGUCAGGCCUCCUAUACGGAACAGCAACAGCAGGGCUCUCAAAAUAACGGUACACAUAGUCAUGAAAGCCACAAGACCAUUAGUGCAUUUAGUCCCACAUUUACCAAAUCAAAGUCCACGCCGGGCACUAUAAAGUUGCAGAAAAGUACAACGGCACGAAAGCGUAAAAUUAUAUUGAAAAAAUGUGGCAUAGUUUAAGAAAACAACAACAACAAAAAACAUUUAAAAAACUAAAAUAACACAAAAAAAACAAAUCAUAUCUCAUUAUUGUUUGUAUAUGAAAGCGGCCAAUAGUAAUUAAAACUAAAACUAAAGAUAUUGUUACUCAUCUCAAAAAAUUCAUCAUCAAAAACGAAUAAAACAAACAUUGAUUAAUACAUACUACAGUUUCCAAAAAAUUAUUGGAGCAUAAUUAACACCAUCAUAUAGUACAUAUGAAUAUUUACGCUACACUCCUAAUGAUUUUGUAGAAAUUUUUGUAUAAUUAAUUAUGAAGACGAAAAUUUUUUUUAAAUAAAAUACAAGAGAUAAACAAAAGUUAUAAUAUUUUAACAUAAAAACCCCACAACAAACGCUUAAUUAAAACCAGUGCGUAGACAUUGUAGACUCGCAAGCCACAAACCGGCUCCCUUUUCCCUGUUGUCCAUUAAUGAAAAAAAAAAAUUAAAAAAAUACUCAUAUUAAGAUGGUUUUGACUGGAGACUGAUACCAUUUAUAAAUGUUACUAAAAUAAUUUUAUUAUAAUUUCUACUUUAAACUAACUAUUUACUACCAAUUUCCUUAAUUUGUAUAGACCACAAUUUUUAUUUAAAUUAUCUUUUUUAUAAUUUGUGCAAUUUCUUGAAAAACAAAAACAUAUGGUUAAACUAUAUUAUAUAUGUAGUUGCAUAA